AUGUGUCACUGUCAUACACCGUGCCUCUUAUCAUUAUCAUUGUAGAAUACACUGCUGAUUGAUUAUUUACUAUUGUUUUUGGUUUACUUGUGUUAAAUUUGCUUGCUAAUAGAAUGGAAGCUAUAAAAUGUUGAUAAUACUUUCAACUUAAGAUUGUAUGAUAAUCCAUUUGCAAUGAAUACCCGAAGUCGGUGACGAUUGUGAAGGUUGUUAACAAAUUAUACGUAUUGUUUAAUGGGUUGUGCUGUGUCUUGUGUCAACCGAGCGACAAUGUCGUUGUUUGGAAGACAAAAUAAUGAUAGUGAUGCACGAGCGAGACUGGAGAGGAAGUUAUAUAUUGCGAAGGAAUCACCAGAACCAGAUUUUGACCUGUCCGAGUGCCAGCUGCGCCAAGUACCUUCCGGUACAUACUCGAUAUGCAAGGUAUACAGAAAAGAGCGAUUAUAUUUGCAAAUCAACUGUUUACAUUCUUUAGAAGAAGGAGGUCAACUGUCCGAUUUAUACCUACUCAAGGUGUUCAACAUUAGCAGUAAUAGAUUUUCGCAAAUACCCAGUGAUAUUAGAUACUUGGUAAAUCUGACUGAACUGUAUAUUCAAAACAAUCAUAUUAAGACCUUUCCUGAUAGUAUACAGUUUAUGCAAUCUUUACAAAUAUUGGAUGCCUCACAGAACAAGCUUCAAAGUUUAUCUCCAUCUCUAGGUAAGCUCAAGAAUCUAAGAAAACUUAACAUAACUGAUAAUAAAGAAUUAAAUGAACUCUGUCCAGAAUUAUGUUUAGCUACUAAUCUGAUAUCACUACAGAUAGACGGUGAACAGUUUAUAUUCCCUCCAUCAGAAAUUGCCACACAGGAUACAACAGCAAUAAUGAAAUUCUUAUGUGAUAAAAUGAACAUAGAGUAUAAUUCCCCAGUGCACACUGAAUUAGACAUGCCCACAGUUCAAACUCCCAACAUGGUUUUGGAUCCAUUUGCUAGGCGCAAUACACUAACUUGGGAAGAACAGGAAGCUGCCAUAUUGGAACAGGAAAACAGGUUACACAAGGCAGCCAAAGAGCAAAGAGAAAAGUUUUUAAAUAAAGUGUUACAAGAGCAGUUAGAACUGGACAAUGAAAUAGCUACAGUUCAUAUGGUAAAAGAAAUUGAUCGCCAAAACCUGAUCAAGGCUAUACAGGAUGAUGAAAAAGAAAUUGAAUGUUUAGUUAAGAACUUUAUUCAAUCUGAGUAUUUAAAACCAGAAGUUAUUCAACAACAACUUGCAUAUGAACAGGCUGAACAUGACAGACUACUUGAAAUCACUCGGCAGAACUAUGAUAACAUUAAAAAGGCUGAUGUUUUAAGAGCUAUGGAAAUGCUCAUAGAAGAGGACUACACAGCUAAACAUUCCAAAAAAUAUUAUGAAGAUUCUUUAAAUAAUGUGAAACAAAGCAUGCUUAUGCAAGAUUUAGAAGUAAGUGAGAAAUUGACUGAAUUGUUAAAUGCUAAAGACCAGUCAAGAACAGUAUUAGUUGAGCAACUUCUAGAGGACCAAGAUAUUCAAAUGGCAAUUGUUGCAUCACUAUUGGAAAAGGUAGAUUCAAAAACAUGGAGUCUGAACCAAGAAAUCAGCUUGAUUUCUUCACAUCUGGCUCGCCUCAGUGUCAUUGAACAAGAAAAGAAAAAGUUACAAAUUGCAUAUAAUUAUAAUGAGUUGCUACAGCAGAGAGUUCAGCUAGUUAAUCUGUUAGAUGAUCUUUUUGGUCAGCAAAACAAAAGGCGAAAACAGCUUGUUGAAACUCUUCGAGAAAUGGAUAGUGAAUCAAAUAAGUCUCAUGAUUUUUGGUUGAAGAACUAUCAGAAGUUAAUGGAUUCAGCACCAAGAACUUUAUUGGAUAUUGGAAAAAGUUUGGAUCCAGCACUUGCAAAUUACCUCUUGCAGGAGGGAGUAAUUCACUGUCUGCCUUUCUUGGUUAAAUUCUUAUUUUCUGGUGAACCUUUACUGAACAUUACAACAGAACAACUGAAGCUGAGUGGUGUCUCAUUGUCUUCUGAUAGGGAAGGCAUUAUACGAGCAAUAAAUUUAUAUGUAGGAGCUAAAAGUCAAAACCACAACUUUGAAGCAUCUCCCGUUGCCCCAAGUGCUCCAGUAGAAGAUAUGACAGAUGAGCAGAAAUGUACUGGUGUUGUUACUACCAACCAAUCUGAUGACUCGGUGAUGGAAGCUGAAUGUGUCAUAUGUAUGGACGCUAAGAGUGAAGUAGUAUUUGUGCCAUGUGGACACAUGUGUUGUUGUCAACCUUGUGCCAGCAAGGAAAUGGACAGCUGCCCCAUGUGCAGGAGUCACAUAGAAAGGACCAUCAAAGUUAUGAUUGCAUGAUGAAACGUGAAAUAUGAGGUGGCCCAAUACAUGCAGAAAGUGAGGAACAAGGAACGAACUUGACUUUUACAACAUAUUUUUUUAAAUAGUUAUAUGUGAUCAGUCUUUAUGUAAUUAAUUAACCAGUUAUAAAUAUCUACCAUUUUAUUUAGGUAUAUACGUAUGUCCUGCGUAGGUCAUAUAUGACUCAUUUGCUGACGUAUUGUUGCGCCAUUGCGAUUCAAGAUCAAUUGAAUUAAUAAGUUGAUGACGUCAAAAUAUAAUCGACAAAUUACUUUAUAAAAGCAACUCUUUCAUUGCACAGUUUCCAUAAAAAAUGCUUUGUGAGUUGUAAAUCAUAAAAGGAAAAUAAAUCGCCAUAAUAUUAUAUACAUAUUUUUUCUCUGUUGGUGUUAUUUUUUUUUUCGGUUAAGAAGUAAGCAACUUUAUUGUUUACAGUAAAUCGUGUGUUUUAUUUUUGUUAAAAAAAAUCGAUAUUUAACACAAGCCAUUACCAUUUCACCUCAGUGAGAGGAUUGUGUUUUUUAAUAAUAUUUUAUUUGGCAAUUCCCUGCUCAGCCAAAAUUAUUUCAUUCAUUACAUUAAUAAACGAACAUGUCUAGACAUUAUCGAAUUUUCGAAUGACGUGUUCGUAUUAACAGCCAUAAGUCCCCUCGGUCAUGUAAACUCUUUAAUGAUAUUGAAUGAUACACGGAUAUACUUUUAAUGUUAUUACAAUACUACAAAAUUGUUAUUUAUUUAUUUAUAUAAAAAGACUGGAUACACAUCCCUGUGGGUAUAUGGUAAAACUCGUUAAUGUAAUUUUAAUACACACUAGUCAUUGUAAUAUAAUGCAUCACUUUUGUUCAUUGAGUGUUGCUUAAGUACCUAAUUGGUGUUUAACUUGUUUGAAAUUUUCUUAUAACAUAGAACUUAAGAGUCAAUCUAAAAGAUUGUGCCUUCUAGUUGAUGACAGUAUCGACAUUGUUUCAACCACUUAUCUAUUAGAAAUUAUUGUUCAUGCAAUGAACAUUUUUAACAUUAUUGAUGCUUAUGUGAAAAAAUACUUGCAAGGGCUGUGCCAAUUGGAUCAUGAAAAUCUAGUACUAGUUUUAAAUAUAUUUUCGAAUGUAUCGUUGUCCAUAAAAAGCUCAUUUAUUCUAAGAUUGUAUUAAGUGUACAGGGUGUCCCUCGAAGUAGGUACCUAUCAAAUUGAAUUAAAUGGGGCAUGGAUAAUGUCAUUUCUAAGUUUAAAAAAAACCUGUGAAGACUGCACCUUGGGAACGAAAUUAUUGAAAAAAUAAUUAAAAUCUAAAAAAAAAAUACAAAUUAUGGAGUUUUACCAAAAUUCUUAAAAGAAAAAGUUUGAAAACGACCUUGUCGUUGCCCCUAUGCGAUUUGAUCUAUUUACUUAUACUUCGAGGGACAUCUAAACUAAAGAAAGUAUCUAUGUAAUUAUUGUAUUUGAAGCGCUUUUUAAAUUAUUUAGUUUUUGUUAGUGAUAUGUAUAAAGUUUUUUUUCGAGCCAAAGCACAUUAUAAUACUAAAGAAAAGCUAGUUUAUAAGAAUCUUUGAAAAGGAGUUUACAACGGUGACGUAAAUUGGAUAAAAAUUGCAGUAACUGGCAAUAAAUAGGAAUAAUAAGGUCAAUACAAUGAGUAAAUUAGAUGAUGAGUUAGAUAUAAACUCUUCCAAUAAGCGGUAAAGACUAAUUAUUAUAAUGAAAAUACUAAAUUAGUGGUUUAAAAAAAAACAAACCUAAUCAAGAUACCUAAUAAGUGUCUUUGAUAAUAUUGAAAUAUCGAUUUGCUUAAAUACAAAUCUGUAGGUACAGGUACAUAGUAUUGAGAACAAGCUGUAUAAAAGGUUUAUUAUUAUUAUUUUCUUCAAUAGAAAUAAGAAGGUAUUGUUGGUUUUGAUGAAAAAGAAAAUAUCAGAGAAGUAAUUAUUCGAUAAUGUUAGCUUUACAAUAGACGAAGUAUGUAUUAUUUUAUUGUAAAACCUGUAUUUACAAUGUAUUCAUGUAAAGCAUUUUUUUAUUGAAUGAGUUUUUCUAGUUUAUUUAUAAGGUGUCAUACAUAUAAUGGGUAAACAGAUUAGUACCUACUAUUGUGAAAAGAAUAUUGGAACAACUUAAGACUACAUAAUAGCAAUAACAUUAUAAGAUAAGGUUUGUUACAAUAAUGCACAAGUAAGGAUUCAUCAGUUAAUAAGUUAAGCGGAUAUUUAUUUAGUAGGUACCUACCUACAUCUCUACAUAUUGACUUUAUGAGGGUUCGUCAGAGCGAUCUUGAAGUUCGGUUUUAUCGGUAGGUAUCAGAACAAAUUACAAAUGUACUAUCGACCAGUGACAUGUAUGAGUCAGACAUAUUUCGUUCGAAAAAUCGCUUGAAACUGUCAAAACGACAAAGAUUAGGUACCUACCUUCUUUUAAGUGCACACGAAAGUUGCUUGAGAUAGGUCAUCAAUGUCAUGGUUGAUAGUAGCUAUGUUUUUUAGGCAUCGACGUUAACCAUCGUUCUAUUAAAUUUUUAUCAAAAAUGUAUCAGAUAGAUGCCGAGAUAUUAUGUUAUGAAUUACAUUAAAAACGAGAAAGCCUUUCAAAAUUAAGUAAAUCAACGUGAUUGUAAUUUAACAAAAUUAUAUUAGUCAUAUUUAUUUUGCCUAUAUCAUAAUUAUUUUACCUAUUUUACUAAUCAGUGAAAUUAGUUUUAGUUCCACAGCUGGUCCAUUUGAAGUGCGCGAUAUCAGAAGUACGUAGAUUAUUAUGAAUCACAUAGUUAUGAACUAAGGUCGUCAAUUGACAUAAUUAGCUCAACUCUUGAUGCUCGAACACAAGUUCGUUCUCUUUAGAUUCUCUUGAGAUUAAAAUACAUCAGAACAAUGAGCCUUAUCGAUCAUAGGUCAGACCAUUUUCUUUUGGCUGACUGUACUUUAUUAAAAAUAGAUUCGAUAUGACGAUCUUAUUCAUAACUAUGUGUAUUUAAUUAUGUAGAAUAGGUACCUAUCUACGUAUACUUUGCAUUUAUUGUUGUUCUAACUUAGUUGCCAUACAGAUGUUCACUUGGAAUGUCAUAUUUAUUAUUAUUCUUUACGGUAAAUAAUCAGACUGAAGCUGAUAAUUUGAUUUCAUACAUAUAAAAAUUAUAUUUUAGCUAGAUAUUUAAGUCUGUAAAGUAUACUUAUAAACCUUGUAUUUACCCGCCUUUUUUAAAUUUAAUCGUUUUAUUAUAUCCUAAAUGCUUUUAGUGUGUUGUUUGAUAUUUCAGCACAGGUAUACUGCAGUUAGGUGUUUUGUUAUAAAUAUGAGGAUGGUUGGAUGCAUGCUUGUCACGUGAUUGAUAUUGGACAUCUGAUAUUCACGCGGGUGCGUGUAUAUUCGUCCCCUGUGAGAUUAUUUUCCUACUUUUUGAAUUGUUAACACUUAUUUAUGAAAAUAUAUGAGUUAUAGCACA